AUGGGGGACUCCCUCUGCAUCUCCCUACGCGCUGCCGAGGCAGUGCUCAUCACGAGGAGCUUGAUCACGGUUCUGCCUUUUGCUUUGCUGCUACCAACUGUAAGAGUCAGUGCCCAGUUCAUGGGAAGCCCCCUGGACUGCCACAAGACCUGCGUGUGCGCCAGCAACAUCGUUAGCUGCUCCAAGACCAACCUGACCUUCGUCCCCAUCGCUCUUCCAGAAUACACAGCCGUCCUGGACGUCAGCUUCAACUCCAUCACCAAGCUGCGUGCCGAGUGGACCUCCAUCAAACUCAGCAGGCUGCACACUCUGCUGCUCAACAACAACGGCAUCACUUUUCUGUCCUCCGAGGCGUUUGUCUCCGUGACAAAGGUUCAGUACCUGGACCUUUCGUCCAAUCGCCUCCGCCUGCUGGAUGAGGUCAUUUUCGAGCCGCUGGGGAACCUGGAGGUGCUGCUGCUUUACAACAACUGCAUCUCUCAGAUCGAUCGCUCCGCUUUCUCGAGCCUCAGCAUGCUGCAGAAGCUCUACCUGAGCCACAACCUGAUCCAACGCUUCCCCCUGGAGCUGGUGAAGGAGCGGAGCCGGCUGGAAACUCUCAGACUGCUGGACGUUUCCUCCAACCGCAUCAAAGUCCUGCCCUUGCACGAGCUUCAGGCCCUGCCAGCCUGGAUCAAGAAUGGCCUGUACUUCCACAACAACUCUUUGCCCUGCAGCUGUGAGCUGUAUGAAGUGGUGGCACGCUGGUACCUCAAGGAGCUCAGCUCCGCUAUUGACUUCAGGAGCGGCCACACUUGCGUGUUACCAGGGCAGCAGAAAGAGAAAAUGGCCAUACUGGAUCUGAACAAGGUCCAUUUGAACUGCAGUGAGGCCAAACUUUUGGACGAAGAAGCUUAUCUGGACCAGUUCCUUGUGCUGGACUGUGAUACCAGGAAGAAGGAAAUGACUAAGAGAUGGGUACUGCCUGGAAACAUCCCACUGUCUCUUAAAGCAAACACUACUGCUGUGAAGCGUCCUGACGGCAACCUCCAGAUCGGGCCCCUGAGGGCAGAGGACUCCGGGGUCUACACCUGCUAUGCCACAAGUGACUCAGUCAACGAGACGCUGUAUGUGACUGUAGUUGUGUUUAACUCCACCAUGUCUGGUGGCAUGGAGAACAUGAAGACGGCCUACACCACCCUUGUAGCAUGUCUGGUCAGUGCUGUUAUGAUUCUGAUCUACCUCUACCUCACUCCCUGUCGCUGCGCUUGUUGUCCAGGUCAGGGCCUGGAGAAGAUCGACCCCAGUGACAGCCUCCAUUCUUCAACUGUCAGCGUCUCUCAAGCACACAAGGAGACGGGUCAAGAGCGAGUUGAAGGCGGCUUUAGCUACAGACACGUUGGCUUCCCAGAUAUCAAGGACCAGCUGGAGCAGAACGGGAGGUUGAAUCCAAUAGGUGAGGAGGACGAGGAUUGGCAGGGGGAGAGCAAGGAGAGAAGGAGGUCUGACGCAGAGUCGGUCAGCUCCGUGUGCUCCGAUACCCCCAUGGUGGUGUGACAGCUCCAUCCACACGGCUGUGCAGGACUCAAACAUUGGCAUCUUCCAAACAAAGCCAAAGCUCUGUCUCUCAUGGUCAGCGGCAGUGUUUCAGUAGCAUGUAUCAUUGAUUUUAAAAAAGGAAAAAGAUUAUCCGUGCGGUGUGAAAAAAAAGACCCCAAAGCAUUCUAGUACUGCUUAAAAAUAUUUAUUUUUGACAUAGCAAGAGUGGCAUUUGUUAAGACACACAACAUGAAGCAUAUUUUUUCAUUGCAAAUGAUCUUUACAAAAUUUCAACUAUUGCUUUUAUUGGCUGAACCUGCACGGAAUCGCUAUGCAAGUUGUAAAG